UGACGUCACUGGUGCCCCUCUCUUGUGCGCAGUGACCGCUCGCAGGACGACCAGGGCGCACACCGAGCGAAGAAGCCCAAAUUAAAGUUUCACGAAGUUUGUUUUAAUUCGUCCAAAUGUUUCUCUCUCUUCUGCUAAAAGCGGGCGCCAGUGGUUUUGGUUGACAGGAAGAGCUGACGUAGAAAACGGCUAUAUUUUUAAUUUUUUUUUUCUUCUUCUUUGUUGGGGUCAGUAACCUGUGGAGAGAGAGAGAGGGAGAGGGAGAGGGGGAGAUCAAAAAACGGGGAAAAGCUUGUAAAGCUUGUGAUUUAUCCGUGUUGCCGUUUACACUUAAUUAUCCUGUGUCUUCCACUUAGAAGUUUUGUUGGCCUUCUUUUAAUUUUUGCGUCUGUUUAAAGCGAAAGGCUCCACCUGCAGCAAAGACAGACAGAUAAAAGGGAGAGACGAGUGCUCAGACCACCUGCCCCGAGGAGUCAAGGAGAGAGGAAAGGAAGGAAGAAAUUGCCAUUGCCAUUGCUUCCUAUUGUGCACAAAUGUAUGCUGAAAAAGUUGUAACAGAAGGAAAGAUGGGAAGCAGAGGCAUCUCUCUGACCUGUGUGUUGACCCCCUGCCGGGUAAUUGGAGUGUGUGUAACACUGAUGACCUUGGGAGCCAUUGGAGCGGCCGUCUGGGCCGUAGUUACAUAUUGCACGAUGGAAGAGGACACAGAACAGUAUGAUGUCCAGGUAAAUUCACCUGACCAGCAUCUCAGAGUCUUCGACUCCACUCACAGGAGGUGGCGUCAGGUGUGUUCCUCCUCAGCUGAUGAACUGCUAGCUAGCAUCAGCUGUGAAGAAGUGGGAUUUGUCAGUGUGCUGAAUUACUCAGUCACAGCCAUGUCAGAGGCCAGUGGCGAUGGCGGAGACUUCUUCUGCGUCAGACAGGAAGAGCUCAGCUAUGGCAAGAAAAUCAAAGACUCAUUGUAUCCAUGUGACUGUGAAAGCAGGGAAGUUCUCAGGCUGUUGUGCCAAGACUGCGGCAGACGUAGUUUUGCAGCAGACCGUAUAGUGGGUGGUGUGGAUGCAAGGCAGGGCAGCUGGCCUUGGCAAGUCAGUUUGCAAUAUGAUGGAGUUCAUCAGUGUGGAGGAUCCAUCAUCUCAGACCGUUGGAUUGUUUCUGCAGCGCACUGCUUCCCAGAGCGGUAUCGCUAUGUUAAUCGCUGGCGUGUGCUGUUGGGCUCCAUCUACAAUAAGCCAGUCAAUGCCAAUGUAGCGGAGGUGAAGACCAUUGUUUACCACAGCAGCUACCUGCCCUUUGUAGAUGCUAACAUUGAUGACAACAGCAGGGACAUCGCCGUUCUGGCCCUCACUCAACCUCUCACUUUCAAUGAAUACAUCCAGCCCGUUUGUCUGCCUGCAUAUGGUCAAAGGCUGAUAGAUGGACAGAUGGGGACAGUGACAGGCUGGGGAAAUGUAGGGUACUACGGCCAUCUAGCAGAUGUUCUCCAGGAAGCCAAUGUCCCCAUCAUUAGUGAUGCUGUCUGCAAUGCUCCUGAUUACUACGACAACCAGAUCACCACUAGUAUGUUCUGUGCUGGCUAUGAGAAAGGAGGCACUGAUGCCUGUCAGGGAGACAGUGGUGGUCCCUUUGUGGCAGAGGACUGCUUGUCUAAGAUCAUUCGAUAUCGUCUGCUGGGAGUGGUGAGCUGGGGAACUGGCUGUGCCAUGCCCAAGAAACCUGGUGUCUACACGAGAGUGUCCCGAUUUCUGCCCUGGAUAUCUACAGCCAUGAGGAACUAUCACAAUUCACCAGGUGUUCAUAAAAUGGCACGGACAUGAGAUUCCUGCAUUUCUACUUUUUCCACUCUUGGAUGAUAGUAUGGACAAUCCCCACAAGUGAUACUGUGACUACAUAGGUGCUGCGAUGGAGGGAACCAAGGCUGUGAUAUUCCCCUCUUGUCAUGACUUCAAAUUUCCCUUCUCACUGUAACAUUUUACUGAGGAUUUUACCAACUCUCUGAGCCUUUACAGUACCAGUCAAAGGUCAGGACACAGUAACACAUUCAUAUUCAUACCACACAUAUUAUGUCUCCCAGUACUAUAAACCUCAUGUCUUUGCAGAGAUAACCAGACCGAGCCGUUCAAGAGACACAAGGUUUUAAAGUUAUCAAGUUAGUGAAUCACUACAGUUAUCGGGAAUACUGCAGUGUGUAAAACUACAGUAGUACUACAUUAUAUUUCUCAGAUGAUUUUUCCUGGUAUUUCUAUAUAAAGAAGUCACCUAAAGUAAAGUUAUCAAUAUAACAUCGGUACGUUGCAGUUAGACUUAAGAUAGCUCAGGUCUGUCUGGAGAAUUCUUGAUGUAAUUUCAAGCAUUAUUUUAAGAAAUUUCUCUUUAUGUGGAGAUUUUAUCUGUUCAGCCCACACAAGUCACUUUCUUCAGUCUUGGUCUUUCUGCAGCCUCGUACUCAGCAGGAUUAGUGAUAAAUACUUAAAGUACUUUGUUCCUGACAGAUGAAUUGAGAUUAUUGCAAAUUAAUGUGUGAAGAAAUCCUGGAGUUUUUUUUUUAAACUUAAAACUCAUAAGUGUCAUUUUACAGUUCAACCUGUACAUGUGUGAUACAUACCAUAUCUUUUUAUAUGACUUUUGUAUAAUAAUUAAAAAAAAACACAAUCAUAAAGAUUACUGUUCCAAUUUUUAAAUUUUUUUUUUUUGUUGUUGUUGGUGCCUUGUAAAUAUUAGUCAAUGUCUUGUUUACGUAGAUGUUUAUUUGCGACAUUUUACACGUGUCUAAAAGACUCGCUGAUCUUAAGAGCCAAGAGUGCAAUACCAACUAUAAUCACGUUCUUAUAAAAUAUGUACUUUGUAGACUUUUAUACUUCUACUUGUGAUUUUCAAGUUUUAAAUGCUAAAGGUGUCCCAUCACAUUAACUGGCACAAACUUGUAAACACUAAUAGUUUUUUUAUUUCUCCUAUAGUCAUAUGUAACACAAGCGCGCGCGCGCGCGCAUGCACACACACACACACACACACACUACUGUAUGUCUUUUCAGUAUCUCUUCUACAAAACACUGAAUUUAUACAUGAUCAGAAAAUAUUUUUUCUAUAUUUUACAUCAAAAACAUCAAAAUAGAUUAUAUGGAUCUUGAUGUCCAUACUGUGCCUUAAUAAGACUGAGUUGUAAACACUGUUAAAUGCAUUUAGCUCUCUGCUAAAUGCAUUUGUAAAUGUUAAAGGAACGAUACUUAGAUGAUGACCAAGCAGAAAGUAUUGUCGUUCAAGGAAGUCUGUUCAGUCCAGUGAGACUCACUAACAA